UCUGCCUCUUUCUUGCCUGUAACUCUAACACCUAAGGUUGCUGGUAGUGAUGACUGUAAUAUAUCUGACUUUGUGAGGUACUAGGAAGAAUUGUAAAAGCUGAGCAUUAGCAAAAGUUGAUCAAUGGUGAAGGACAAAACACACUCUAUAUUAAAAAAAUACAGUAUAUUUCCAUUUUUUAGGAUUCUCAGUGUAAUUAAGGUUUAAGUUACAGAGAAAAAGAAACUGGUGUACAAUUGGAACAAAAGCACAAAGUAGUUCUCACUGGAAAGAAACGUCACGGGCACGUCUCUGAAAGUUAAAAGGUAAUAUUUGGAGUCAGAAAAGCCUGGGGAAAAACCCUGCUCUAGCACUUCAAGUUUUGUGAUAUUGAAUGUUUUCAAACCUGCCUAAACAAGAGUUUUCUCCUAUAAAACAGAAGAAAUUAACAGGUUAUUGCUAUUAUCAAUUCACUUAAAAUUUCCCCUGCAGAGGAAAUGACAUACUAUUUAAGCAAAAUUCUGGCUUCACACUUGGACCUUUGUUAACCACUCUUCGAGUUUGUUCCUUGGGCUUUCUUCUGGAGGUUUGGAGAAAACAAUAAAUAAGCAACUGAGGAAUGAGAAACCACACAGAAAUAACAGAGUUUAUCCUCCUGGGAUUGUCAGAUGACCCACAGCUUCAGGUGGUGAUCUUUGUCUCUCUGCUCAUCACCUACAUGCUCAGCAUCACUGGCAACCUGACCAUUAUCACCCUUACCCUGCUGGAUUCCCACCUCCAGACCCCCAUGUAUUUCUUCCUCAGAAACUUCUCCUUAUUAGAGGUUUCAUUCACAACUGUCAGCAUACCCAAGUUCCUGGGCACCAUGAUGACUGGAGAUAAAACCAUUUCCUUUAAUGACUGCAUUGCUCAGCUAUUUUUUUUCAUUCUCUUGGGAGUCACUGAAUUUUACCUUCUGGCCGCCAUGUCCUAUGACCGUUACAUUGCCAUCUGCAAACCUCUGCAUUACAUGACCAUCAUGAAUCACAGAGUCUGCAUACUCCUUGUCUUCUCUUCGUGGCUAACGUCAUUCUUAAUCAUAUUCCCCGCACUCAUGUUGCUCCUAAACCUUAAUUACUGUAGGUCUAAUGUUAUUGACCAUUUUACCUGUGAUUAUUUUCCCCUGCUGCAACUUUCCUGUUCAGACACAAAAUUCUUAGAGGCGCUGGGGUUUUCCUGCGCUGUGUUCACUUUAAUGUUCACUUUGGCCUUGAUAUUUCUGUCUUACACAUAUAUCAUCAGAACAAUUUUAAGAAUUCCUUCUACUAGUCAGAGGAAAAAGGCCUUUUCCACAUGUUCAUCCCAUAUGAUUGUCAUCUCCAUCUCCUAUGGCAGCUGCAUUUUCAUGUACAUUAAUCCAUCAGCAAAAGACACAGUGUCUCUGAGCAAGGGAGUUGCUGUGCUAAACACCUCAGUGGCCCCCAUGCUGAACCCCUUUAUUUACAGCCUAAGGAAUCAGCAAGUCAGGCGAGCCUUCAUGGACAAGGCAAGGAAGAUAGUAUUUUUCUCAAGCAAAUGAAAUGCUGUGGUGUCAUAAAUUAGACACACACUUGCACAGCAAUUUAAAAUAUACAAACAUGAAAUUCAAGGAACUUCUUCAAAUCACAAUGGCCUUCCUGUCAUCCUUAUACUUUUGUUCUCUGUUUUUAACAGCUUACAAGCACUAUAAUAUAUUUCCCAUUCAAUUGCAGUAAUUUCAUACGUCUUUCUAAAGGUUCCAUUUUCUGAACACUUUGUUAGUUGCAACUUCUCGAGCAAUAAUUGUUUUAUAAGAUAAAGUUGUACUUUAAGUUUUGUUUAGGAAAACCAUUAUCACCAGGAAUGGAGGGGACACUGUGUAAAUAUUGUUAUGAUAUUUUACUUACUCUAUACAGAAAACACAAUUUUAUUAUUUCAUUGAUAUUUGACAGAAUUUUCCUUAAACAUCUUGCCAUUUCUCUAGGGAAAAAAUUAUUCAACUGCCAUAUGAUUUAUGGAACAUGUGAAUGCUUUCAUUUAAAAAGCAAGAAAUACUGCUCACUUAAUGGAGUAUGUGCAUGUAAUUUACCUAUUGGCUAAAAGAAGUGUAGAUCUUUAACAAUAUAAAUACAUCUUCAUAUUUCCAAAUCCUGUAUAGGUAGAUAUACAGGUAAAUAUAUAUAUGCAUAUACA